AUGUCUUCUACUUCUGCACUACAAUCACGCUUGAAAGAGCUAUCUGCAGCUCUUGGUCGAAUCCACCCGCUUGUUUCUCGGUUAGGCAAUUUCACCGCCGCGGUUGGGCAAGGCGAUGAGGCUCGUUUAGAGUUGGGCGCCGAGAUCCACGGUCUGCUGAAAGAGGCGGAGGAACAACUGGAAUUGCUGAAGGUGGAUGUCGAAGCGCUUGAGUCUGGCUCGGACAGUAGGAGGAAGACUGUGGAUAACGAGAAGGAGCUGGAGAGGGAGCGAAUUGUUGCAUGGGCCGGCAGGUUGACGGAUGAUUUGAAGAAAACGCGAGGCGAAUUUAGAAAUGCCCAGCUACAAGCCAAACGGAAUGCCGAACUCGCAAAACGGAAAGAACGAGAGCUGCUAUUCUCGAGGUCGCAGAGCGGGGAGAGACAGAAGCAGUCGAACGAGAAGUUGACACAGGAUGAUAUCACCAUCAACGCAUCGAACGACGUGACCGCGGCGUUGAGGAGAACACAUCAGUUGAUGCAGGCCGAACUCUCCCGCAGCCAAUUCGCGCAGGAAACGUUAGAACAAUCUACCGCAGUCCUUUCAUCUCUUUCCGAGUCCUACACUGGUCUCGAUUCUCUUCUCUCGUCAUCACGCAAUCUUAUCGGCUCGUUGCUUCGCUCUCAAAAGUCCGAUACAUGGUACCUUGAGACGGCUUUCUACAUCCUGGUUGGCACCAUUACCUGGCUUCUCUUCCGUCGCAUACUCUACGGGCCACUGUGGUGGUUGCUGUGGCUGCCUCUCAAGCUCGUCUUUCGUUUCAUUUUCGGUAUUCUGGGCGUUGUUGGCAUCUCAAGCACAGCCGUCCAAUCCUCUGCUUCUAUCACCACUAGUGAGACGCUUGUGCAAGAAACGCCAGUUGUGACUCCCAAGGCAGAGCCCAGCGUCGAGACUGCGCCUAGCGAAGCCGUUUGGGACCAGCCCCCGGCAACUGAAGAGUUGGAUAGUGACCGAAUGAUCGACCAGAUCGCGGAAAUGGUGGAAACAAGCGCCGAUCAUGAAGAAACCUUUAUCAAAGAAGAGCCAUUACCGGAAGAGUCGCGGACGCAGGAUGAACCGCCUCGAAACACCAAAAAGCGGAUGUACGAGGCUACCGAGGUGUUGGAGAAUAGAAGGGAUGAACUAUAG